CGAGCAGUGCCAGCAUGGCGAUCGUGCUUCCGACGAUUCAUGCGGAGGCAGGCAGAGCUGCAGCAACAAUCAGCAGAAGUCAGAGCGUCGGAGAGUGGAUCGCCGAGAGAGAGAGAGUACUCGAGCUCGGGAUAAGAUAGAAAUUUACACAGCUCAAGCACUGGUCUUCUGUCCGUGGACAGUAGGGCUGAAAUGUAGGAGGUGUAAUUACAGACAUAGAUUGGUCGUCGGAGAAUUGAACCCACUCGUGCUGGAAGGUCGGAGCUCAGAAUUCUUGUCCGAACGUGACAGGGCCAGCUCGGUGCGCGGGUCAGACACAGAGAAUCUGGCCGGGAAGGAAUGUUUCUGGCAUUUCUCUCACUCGUGGAUCACGCCACAGUCGCCCGAGAGGGAGAGGGAGAGGGACGGUCCGACUGACGGACGGACCGACUAAAUUUGUACUUGUUGUAGUCUUGAACCCCGCUCCAGCAUUCAAAGCUGUCCAUGACUCCGCUUCGACCUUUGAGCUUGCAGAGUCUUCACAUUCGAUUGUUCGUGGUACGACGCCUAUCGCUCGAUCGCUCGCUCGCACUCUUACUCUUGCUCCAGAGACACGGGCAUCCUCCUGACGUUCAUAAAUGCGUGUCGAACGAGGCCCCCUUUUGCCGCCGUCGUCGGUGAAGCAGCACCUUUCUCCCCUCUUCUUGUACUGCGCUCUACCUCCGCCUCACGCCCUCAGGGCCUUGCAAGUUAUUCUCGUGGGGUUCUGAUCGUCGAAGGAUGUCGCAGCCGAGCAAGCAAGGAAAGUGAGGACGAGGCCACUUGGGAGGACUGGUGUGAUAUGAAUAUAGCAGCUGGGUAGGUACUAUGACAAGUCUGAGGUCCAGUGGUUUCCCUGCUGCUCACAGUUGCACGAGAAGUGGGACUUCAUCAUCGGAACCAUACUGUGUACUGUGUCUAGUAAUCUCCAGCAAGAUUUAAUUCAUAGAAGGACGAUGAAAUGUACGAGACAGUGGUGGAGAAUCCUCACGACAAGGCUGUACUAUUUUUUAGAUCAAUUGACUGAUAAAUAUGGCAGUGACAGUGACAGUUUUUUCUUCAUCGCUCAGAGCAGGAGGACUCGAUAGAAGAGUGCUAUUCAUUGGGCCCUGAUCUUCGAAUACUACGGCAAAGGUUGCGAAGGUCUCCAGAUCUAAUAAUGGUGGACGUUCUGUAUAAGCGAGUCAUUCGAAGUUUGUCGAGUGAGCUAAAAGCACGAACAGCACAAUCGGGUCCGUAUUCACGCCAUGAUGUUUCCAGUCCACUUGAAUCAGUGUGGCCAUCACGAGGCAGCCUCGUGAUCGCCAUAGUUUCCAGCUCGAACCGUGCUCAUGUGGGUACACCUUAAAUGAGGACUACGAACAAGGAAACUUCCGGAGUAGUUUGAUGGAUCCAUCCAAUGGCAAAAUAAUUUCAAGCUCUGGCGUGGAGGGCCUUAAAUGUGCAGCCUUCCAACGCAGCCUUCGAACACCACACCAUGGAGACAGCAAAUGUAGGAUCCACUUACGGUUAUUCUCCUGCAGUACAUCGCUCUCUUCGGAGGUUAUUGAGCAAGCUACAAGUAACACUUGCCCAGCAGAACGGAUCGAAUCUGGAUGCACGCAGUGACGAUGUUGAUCAGGCUUCCUUAUAGACAAAAUUAUUUCUGGCAGAAGAUAUGGUUAUCUGUGAUGACAAUCAAGGGCACACGUACUGUACCUACUGAGGAAAUCUCUCGAAGGAGACAAGAGGAACUAGACAUCCAGACUGCAGUCCCUCGGGCCCUCUUAAGAUAUGCCAUGGAUCAACGCAAACUCACGAAUCACGAGAAGCCGAUGUUCUGAGCUCCAAAGGGAGGUGACCAUCUCACCCGUGCUCUCUCUCAUCUCAGGUUCUAUUACAUCUUCGAUCAGAUGUAAUAGACCCUGGUACUAUCUCUUUCACGAUUGUGCGGAAUAGUUUUCUGCAGUGGUGAAUACUGCGGCAUAGAAGACUUGUGGGGCUCUCAAACAAAAUAUUCUGUUAAAGGGAUCUUCAGUUGGCCUCUUACCAGGUUUGCGCUUUUCAUUAACUAGUCGAAUCAUUUCUGACAAUCAUUCAGGAUUUUAGGUGUUAGAUACCGAUGCUCGCCGUUUGUUUCGCCGGGCCAAUUUUGUAGCCUUCUCAUAUUAAGCCAAGCGUGUUAAGAAAAGAGAAUUCGAGUGGUCUAGAUUCAGUCGCUUUAUCUAAUGCUGAGAGCGGCCGAGUCUCUAUCUUAGGCCAACUCUUCUAGAAGCGGUCAACAAUAUAAUACUUCUCAUUUUUCAUUCACUUCAAGACUUAAUGGUGAGAGAUGAGACUUGUGAGACUGGACAUGUUGGCAGUGCAAUGUAGUGUAGUGGUGGAAGACAAAUGUAUCAGACAUUCUCUACAGAAGAAAUGCUGAGGGGGGUCUAAUGCUGCAAUUCGAGGCCUAAGUGUGUAACAUAUGUAAGUAGUUUGCUAAGAGUGCACCACACUAGGCGUGUCUGUUAGUUCAUGGACAACGCAAACGAGUUCAAGACAGAGAGUUCAUGUUUUGUAGCUUCAAAAAGAGCUGAAGAACUUUACCACUUGCAGCCUCUUGAAGUAAAGAGACCG